AUGUCAAUCAGCGAAAAGGGUGCGGUUAUCUGAGGUCCGCGGCCUUGUCGUCGUUGCUGUGCGAAGCCGAGCCUGAGUGGUGGUACUGCGGCGGGAAUUCUUUAAAAUGAUUGAGAUAAUUUGCAAUGACCGUUUGGGAAAGAAGGUGCGCGUGAAGUGCAACCCUGACGACACCAUAAAAGAUCUGAAGAAAUUGAUAGCUGCACAAACUGGAACAAAAUGGGACAAGCUCGUCUUGAAGAAAUGGUACACCAUUUUCAAGAAUCACGUUCAGUUGGAGGACUAUGAGAUCCACGAUGGAAUGAACUUGGAGCUCUAUUACCAGUAAAGUGUAUUGCAGCUUGAGAAGUCUGCCACAAAUAAUCAACAGCUUGUGGAAAAAUGAGUUUGAAGCUUCAGAAUGAACAUUUUAUCUGUACUUUCCUGAACAGUACUUAAUUUUUGUUUAAAGAAAGUUCUUUGUGUUUUGGAACACUUAGCCUCUGAUUUCUCAACUUUGUCCAAUACAAGUUGCUUUUAAUUUCCAAUGUUUAUUAGCAAAUAAAAAUGGCUAUCUGUGUGAUUACACCAUAUCUUUUUUUCCUCUCAUCCUGACUGUAAACUUGUUUCACUCAGCAUGCAUUUUUUUUAGACUAGAUAUUGCCUUGAGCAUCGUGCUAAAUGGAGUCAUGCAGUUGCUACUGUUUCUAUUGAUUUAAAUUUGUAAGAAUUGCCAGCAAUUGAGUGAAGAAAGGAAAUAGUUUCAGAAGAUUGAAACUUUUUGUUCUGAUUAGUGAAGUUUAGCAUGUCUUCUGUAUCUGGUGUAACAAAGGUUGGUGGAGGAUACUUCAUCGAAUUUUUUCCCCCAUUCUCUCUGCAGGUGCAAGUUCAUUGACUGGUUUGCAUGCACUUGCACCAUUAGCCAGCUAUCGGAAAACUACUGUUCUCUGUGAACUAGGCUUAGAUUGACGAGAACCAUGUGAAUAUGUACACUUGGUAGAAUGGAAUUAAAACCUAGAGAUGUGCUUUC